AGAAGAGCUGCAGGGGGUGUUGAGUGGUAGUGUUCUGUCCUCCCAGACCGGUUGGCCUGGAGUAACAUUAGAAUGGGAUAAUUAGUGGAAUGGGGCGUUUUUCUUUUUACUGAGGGCUAAUAGUUGUCAGGGUACUUUUCUUUUUUCCCAGUUUUGUUUUUACCGGAAUGUUAUGUACAUAGGUAAGGUGAGCCGUGACUGGCCUCACAGUCCAGUACAGUAGGUGGCGGUGUAAGCACCUAAAAGCUGGAUGCGAUCCGCCAAUCCAAUCCCCCAAAAGAAGAAGAACUAACCGUUUACGUCAACGUUCGUCUCUGCUUCUGCGCUCGUUCCCAGAAGCUAGCUAGCUAAUCACCUCGAGACGGACGGAGGAAUCAAAAGUAGUGACAAGAAGAUGGCGGAGUGAUUGGGUUGCGCUUUGAAGGAAAGCAGCGACCCUUGAUUGUCCUGAAAUAUUAUACGAAGAAAGGAGAAUCGCAUCCAAAUUGUAGGUAGCUUCGGAAAUUUGACAAACAAGAAGAAUAUUGCCCCUCUUUCGGAGGUGGUUCAAACAGAUCGAACGGAAUUUCGCAGUUCCACUGGUGUCCGAUAGCUCUAGUGUGCUAACAUUAGCUAGCUUCCCCGAGGCACUGGGCGACGGACAUAUUAGGCACGUUAGGAGUGUUUUCAGAAGAAUCGUGUUCCCUUUUUCGUGAUGUGUUGGUUUUAUUUUUUCCAAGAUUUUUUACUAGCUAGCUAGCGAAUAACGCCUGAAAAUAACCACUGUUCUAGCUAGCUGGCUAACAUUACAUUGUUUCAAGUACAUCGCCCACGAGCAGCCAGGACUUCUGUGUAUGUUCUGAUAACGAGCUGGCCGAGAAGGGAAACGGACGGCGCAGUCCCAGAAAAUCCUAUUUUAAACUGAUCAGGAGUUGCUCGUGAUUGAGGAUAUGGCAAGCAGCAGCGGCUCUAAAGCCGAAUUUAUUGUCGGUGGGAAAUACAAGCUUGUCAGAAAAAUUGGAUCUGGGUCAUUUGGUGACAUAUACCUGGCGAUCAACAUCACAAAUGGAGAGGAGGUAGCUGUAAAAUUGGAAUCUCAGAAAGCCAGACACCCACAGUUGUUAUAUGAAAGCAAACUGUACAAAAUCUUACAAGGAGGAGUUGGAAUCCCACACAUAAGGUGGUAUGGCCAAGAAAAGGACUACAAUGUCCUAGUGAUGGACCUGCUGGGACCCAGUCUGGAAGACCUCUUCAACUUCUGCUCGCGCCGGUUCACCAUGAAAACUGUACUAAUGCUCGCAGACCAAAUGAUCAGCAGAAUCGAGUAUGUGCACACAAAGAACUUCAUUCACAGAGAUAUCAAGCCAGACAACUUUUUAAUGGGUAUUGGCCGUCACUGUAACAAGUUGUUCCUCAUUGACUUUGGUCUGGCCAAAAAAUACCGGGACAACCGGACACGACAGCACAUACCCUACAGAGAAGACAAAAACCUCACAGGCACAGCUCGCUAUGCCAGCAUCAACGCACAUCUGGGAAUCGAGCAGAGUCGCCGAGAUGACAUGGAGUCGCUAGGAUACGUCUUGAUGUAUUUCAACAGAACCAGCCUGCCCUGGCAGGGACUAAAGGCUGCCACAAAGAAACAGAAGUACGAGAAGAUUAGCGAGAAGAAGAUGUCGACUCCAGUCGAGGUGUUGUGUAAGGGUUUCCCCGCAGAGUUUGCCAUGUACCUGAACUACUGCCGUGGGCUGCGGUUUGAGGAGGCGCCUGACUACAUGUACCUGCGUCAGCUGUUCCGCAUUCUCUUCAGGACCCUGAACCACCAGUACGACUACACGUUUGACUGGACAAUGCUGAAGCAGAAAGCAGCACAGCAGGCCGCGUCCUCAGGGGGACAGGGGCAACAGGCACAAACCCCUACAGGCAAGCAAACUGACAAACCCAAGAGUAACAUGAAAGUCGCCCCCCUCCCUCUCGUAGAGGGUAUCCCGGGUGCCCAGGGUUGAUGGUGGAGGAGUCAAACCAAUUUUUCAAAAAACCUGAAGCUGUUUUCAUCAGGUUUCUGAGCAGUAAGACAAAAAAAUGAAGACGAAUGGCCGUAGCAGGAUUUGCCUUCCAAUCACACCCCGGAUUCCAGGAUCAAAUUCACCAGAGCCUGCCAGGCAUUGUGGGCAACCCUUUUUUCCUGUUAAAGAACUUUCGUUCCAUAUACUAUAUAUGUAAUUGCUCUAUAUAGAUAACAUGCUCUGCAUAUAUCUAUAUAUUGGUAUGUAUAUACUAUAUCCACACAGAAAGCCGGCUUGGUAUGGAAUUUUACGAAGCUGUAGCCGUCUCUAUUGUCCUGUCCCUGAAGAUUGUUUUUUUUUUGUGUGCGUUUCUUCAAAACUGAAAAUAAGACAUGGUUGGCUCACUGUGGAUGUUAUUGUGCACAUUGCAAUACUUUCCCCUUGAUACUUUCUCCCUCUGAGAGCUGCUGCUCGGGUGCCUGCCUCACCUCAUGGCCCCCUGUCAGAGCAGCUUUGUCCCCAUUCCCUCAGUCACCGAGCGUGGCACGACCCAGACACACGUCAGUCAGAUUGAACAUUUUGAAACGACAAUUUUCUCCAACUUUUUUCCCCUCAUUUUCAAGCAAAAUGAAAGAUUUAAACGGAAACUGUUCUUUGUUAUGAAUGAAUCCUGGGUAUUUACUAAGCAAACAUUGGAUUUAUUUAGUUUCUUUUCAUAAAAAGGGUAAUUAAGAUUCUGCCUGCUGAUAUGUGCUAGAAGAGCUUCAAAUGUGAAGAUGAAAACAAUUCUAGUGACUACUAGGUUCCUCUUUAGAACGCUGCAUUAACUAUAUUGUACUUGGUAUUCUGAAGUCUCAAACAAUGAAUAAAAAAGAUCAACUCCACAAAAGCAUAUUCAUUAUAAAUUAGGCACCACUUGACUAAACCUGUUUGGAAAUUGCUUAUUUUAAAAAAAUGAUGCAAAUUAUUUUUAUUUUUGGAGAUGUUAAUGUCAAUCGACAAAUGUCGUUUUUUGUUUUGUUUUUUUAUUAAUUGAGUUGCUUUGAUGGAUGGCAUCAAUGUUCCGUUUUUGAGAGGACCUCACACCACCCACCCUUCGGUUAUCAUUUUUAUAUACAUACAUAUAUACACUUUUUUUUAAAGAAUCAGAACCUACUUUUUUCCCCUUCAGUUUUUAUAGAGUUGUCUUUCCCUGUAUUGAAUUGAUCAUUUUGGGAAGGGUGUUUUUGUUUCUUAUUCCUGCGAUGAAGCAGAUCCUCUUGUAAAAUAUUAUUUCUCUCCAACUAAAUUUCGCUGCUGCUUAGAGUAGUGACCUUUUUUUCCUAAUUUUCAUUCUUUUUUAUUGCAAAGAGUUUUGGAGGGUUUAAUUUCUGUAUACUUCGAGUCUUGAGGGAAGAAUAAUUUGGAUUUCUCUCAGCCUUUAGUCAAGACAGAUGCACACUAGUAACUGUUUCUCCCCCCCCCCCCCCUAAUAAUCCCCCUGACCCAGCUUUAGCUAUUUUACAGCUGGACAUUCUAUAAAAAUUUAAUUUAUUCCCUUUAGCAUGUCAGAAAAAAAUUAAAUGACUUGUCAGAAUCACUGUCCAAGUCUCUGUAAUUUGAAGAAAACACAUAGACUUCUUCCUUAGGCCCGGAUGAUGGGGGGGACUACAAUUGGUCUUUCCAUUUUCUUGUCUUUACACAUUUACGUGUUUGACUACCACACAACCCUCGUAUUGUGAGAAUAAAAAAAAAAAAUUGACAUCCACAGGAUUGGGGAUAGAUGAUAAAAAGGAAAGAUGCAAAGGAUUUGUCUAAAGGUAUGAUCACUUGAUGCAAAGGGACACAUUUGUGGAAAGGUAUUGCUGUAAUCUAGAAAAAGCAGUUCCUGGGAAAUAUUGUUGGGGUGGUGGGUAGUUGUAGGUGCCUGUGGUGGUGUUUUGAAAAAGAUCUUCCCGGAUUUAUAUCUGUAAAUAUUAAAAUGGAUUAAAAUA